UUAUCACAGAAAUCGAUUCAUGCCGAUACAACUGUGGAGGGUAUGCAUCGGGAUGUUCCUGCGAUUAUAACUGUGCUUACUAUGGCAACUGCUGCCCAGAUUUCUGUGCUCAGUGUUCUUACAUCAAUUCUGGCUAUUGCAAUGCUGUUAGCACCACUGUUGGGUACGGCUCAUGCAGAUACAACUGCGGAGGACAAUCUUCAGGUUGUUCCUGUGAUUACAAUUGUUGGUACAAUGGCAGCUGUUGCUUUGAUUUCUGCGACCACUGCUCUUACAUGGGUGACGGAUACUGUUAUGCCACUACAUCUAGCCCUACUUGUGGAGGGUACCUGGAUGCUGCCAAUGGAACUAUCAGUAGUCCCAAUUAUCCAUACAACUAUCCAGAUAAUGCAGCAUGCUUUUGGUACAUAAGAAGAAACGUAAACCAAAGAAUCGUGCUGGUAUUCACUGAAAUACAGCUAGAAGUUACAUCAAGUUGCUCAUAUGAUUAUAUUGAAGUUUAUGAUGGGCCAUCAACGCAUAGUGAUUUGCUUUCAAAAUUUUGUCAAGGAUCACAUCUGAGAUUUGUAUCAUCAUACAAUAGUAUGACAAUUUAUUUUAGAACUGAUUCCAGUGUUACUAGACGUGGGUUUACAGCAAACUACUACACUCUGGACAAUGAUGAAGUCGGUUCAUGCCAAUAUAACUGUGGAGGAUAUUCAUCAGGAUGUUCCUGCGAUUACAACUGUCCUUACAAUGGCAACUGCUGCCUGGAUUUCUGUACUCAGUGUUCCUACAUCAAUUCCGGGUACUGCGGUGAAAACUCAACAACAGCAGUGACAGCAGCAUCGACAACAGGUACGGAAAAUAUUUUCAAGAAAAUCUAUUCAUUCAUUUUUCAAUCAUUAAAGUCCAUGACCGUUGUGUGA